AUGUCUCGCCGAUAUGAUUCACGGACCACCAUCUUCUCCCCUGAGGGUCGCUUGUACCAGGUUGAAUAUGCACUUGAGGCAAUUUCCCAUGCUGGUACUGCCCUCGGUAUUCUAGCCAAGGAUGGCAUUGUCCUCGCUGCCGAGAGGAAGGUGACCAGCAAGCUCCUGGAGCAGGAUACCUCCGCCGAGAAGCUCUACACAAUCAACGAUAACAUGAUUUGCGCAGUUGCUGGUAUGAACGCCGAUGCCAACAUCCUCAUCAAUUACGCCCGUCAAAAUGCCCAACGUUACCUCCUCACCUACAACGAAGACAUUCCUGCGAGCAGCUCGUGCGCCGACUGUCACGGUGGUCUCCGUCCGUUCGGUGUCUCCUUCAUCUACGCUGGAUGGGAUCACCUUCGUCAAUUCCAGCUGUACCAGAGCAACCCGAGUGGCAAUUACGGCGGUUGGAAGGCGACAAGCGUUGGUGCAAACAAUGCCAGCGCACAGAGUCUGCUUAAGCAAGAUUACAAGGAAGACUCCACAUUGCAGGAGGCUUGCGCCAUGGCCGUCAAGGUGCUGAGCAAGACGAUGGAUUCGACAAAGCUCAGCAGUGAGAAGAUCGAAUUCGCAACGGUGGGUAAGACCAAGGAUGGCAAGAUCUACCACCACCUUUGGAGCGCAGAUGAGAUCGAUGCCCUGCUGCGGGAACAAGGGCUGGCCAAGGUCGAUGAUGAGCCCGAGGCAGGCGACAUAAAAUAG